UGGAGACGCGGGAGAUGAACCGCCUGCGAUGCUCAUACUGCGGCCGAACGACGUGCCGCGCUUCAAGAUCGAGGACCCUGCGCAGCGUGAACCGGCUCUUCGCAGAGCGCGCAACAUCGAGAAACUGGUGCUGCGCGCCAUCCACGGCUGGAUCUUCAAAUCGUCGUCGCGGUCGGCCGGAUUCGCUCGUGCAGAGUCGUACAUCAGUGUCGACAUUGCCACAGACGUCGCACGAGGAGUUUGGCAGGGGCAGGAAUGGUCGAGCGUGGUGUCCCCUUCACUCGUGUACCACACUCUGGCGCUGAAGAUGGAUGUGCCUCUGUGGUUCACGGGGGUGAAGAUUGUGGAUCGGCCCGAGGACGACAACAUGGCGGCGCGGCAGGAGGCGACAGUUCUUUGCAUCGCGGAGUGCUGGACAGACGCACUAUGGUGUGGACAAUGGGCGGACGGCGGGCGCGUGAAACAGGAGAGGUUGUCUAGGCUUGCGAACUGUCUUCGAGCGUUGUUGAGCGUGUGCAUGUGGAUCAUGCGCAUGGGUGGUGACGACGACCGUUCGCACUACGAGGCGUGCCUUUACUCGUCCAUGGUCGCCAAACCGACAAUGAUAGAGGCGGGGUCGUACAUCUUCAACUGGCAGCGACACAUCGUCGACAGCGCGAACCUCGUCUUGGAUCGUAUAGGGAAGGCUCACCUCACGCUGGGAGAAUACCCGCACUGCCUUCCGGAAUGGUGUGAUUGCGGGUUGGUGUUCGGCCACAACGCGGCCCUGAAGAACACGGCGGAAUCCGCGAAUCACGGAUGGAUUGGCAGCGGGCCUGCGGCGGAGGAAGUGGGAGACGAGGACGGUUGACACGUGGGUGCGUCCGUGGCGCAGCGUCAGGGUGCGGAUCGUCGACUGAUUGGAGCAUUGAAAGACGCA